AUGGAUGACGUAUAUAAAGCAGCGGUUGAGAACUUGACAGAGGAGCAGAAAAAUGAGUUCAAGGCUGCGUUUGACAUCUUCAUCCAGGAUGCGGAGGACGGCUGCAUCAGCACCAAAGAGCUGGGGAAGGUGAUGAGGAUGCUGGGACAGAAUCCAACUCCUGAAGAGCUACAGGAGAUGAUUGAUGAGGUGGAUGAGGAUGGCAGUGGCACGGUCGAUUUUGAUGAGUUCUUGGUUAUGAUGGUCCGCUGCAUGAAGGAGGAGAGCAAAGGAAAAUCAGAAGAGGAGUUGGCUGAACUGUUCCGCAUGUUUGACAAGAACGGAGAUGGUUACAUAGACUUAGAAGAGCUGAAGGCCAUGCUGGAGUCCACUGGUGAGGCCAUCACAGAAGACGACAUUGAGGAGCUGAUGAAGGAUGGAGACAAAAACAAUGAUGGAAAAAUUGAUUAUGAUGAGUUCCUUGAGUUCAUGAAAGGUGUUGAAUAAAGGAUUCAGCUGGAGGCCUCACUCAGCAGCAUCAUCUGGGGCCAUUCCUGAAGAUAUGCCUUCACCUCUGCAUUUAACAAUACAAACAACACGCCUGUCCUUGGUAGACGCCUGUCCUGUCCUGUCCUGUCCUGUCUGUAAUUCUCAAACAACCCCACAGAGGCCCUGAAAGGUUUGCAGAGGGAUUUCAUUGACUUAAAUUAUCUUCAUUUCUGACAGUGACAAUAAUUAAAAAUGUCAUAUACAGUAUAAAGACUAUUUCCAUUAAAAUAUGUUCAUAAUUGCA